AUACAAGGUAAACAAACCAGCUCUUGCGUCUCUACUGCUCCACUGAACAACAAUCUGUGUUAACGAAUCGGGAAAAUGGCUCUCUCUUCUCCACCUACCUUUCUGUCUCGGUACCGCUCGAAACCCUCCUCAAGAACGGCCGAAACUACAUCAAUUUUUGCUCAUUCCGCAAGUUCUUUUGCCCAAACCCACUUGAAGCCGCCGCUUCAUUCUUCCCUCAAACCACCCCGACUAUCCUCUUUGUUCAUCAAACCCCCACAAGCCCGGCAACCCAAAUUCAACACCAACACAAUCAAAUCCCUUUUUACGGGCAUUGUUGAAGAAAUGGGCACAGUUAAACAACUGGGCUUUGAUCAAGAUAACAGUUUUACCAUGAAAAUCCAGGCAAGAACGAUUCUUGAAGACGUACACUUGGGCGACAGCAUCUCUGUCAACGGUACUUGUUUAACAGUGACAGAGUUCGACACUGAUUUAUCUGAAUUUUCAGUGGGUUUGUCGCCGGAGACGUUGAGAAAGACUUCUCUGGGUGAAUUGGAGAGUGGGUCUUUGGUUAAUUUGGAGAGGGCACUGGCUCCUAGUACCAGAAUGGGGGGUCAUUUUGUGCAGGGGCACGUGGAUGCAACCGGGGAAAUUGUGGAUAUGACGCCGGAGGGCGAUUCAUUGUGGGUGAAAGUGAAGGCUGGGAGGGAUCUGUUGAAGUACAUUGUGCCCAAGGGGUUUAUUGCUGUAGAUGGAACUAGCUUGACGGUGGUAGAUGUGUUUGAUGAGGAAGAGUCUUUCAAUUUUAUGUUGGUGGCGUACACACAGCAGAAAAUCGUGAUCCCUUUGAAGAAAGUAGGCCAGAAAGUUAAUCUGGAGGUUGAUAUUCUGGGGAAAUAUGUGGAAAGGCUGCUCAGCAGUGGGUUCGUCGAUUCUAUUAAAUCUUCAUGAAUUGUGAGGUAAAGGUGCUUCCUUCCUGUGUGUUGUUUCGCUUGUAUUUCGAGUUUUGUUAUUCCAUUUGGGGACAUCCAUUCUCAUGAUCAUCCCAAUAAGUUCCGGUUAUAGCUUCUAUGUAAUGAAUUAUGCUGGUAUCUUUAUUGUUGUUCCAUAUGUUUGUGGGUAUGGCACGUUGAGGUGCAUGAGUUAACCUGAAGCCCUUUUCACCUUUGGUCGAGAUACUAGAAUGAUUCCACUGGAAAUCUUGUAUGAACUAUUUUGGUAGUAGGGGAACAUUAGUAAGCUGGCAGUUGCAGUGAUUAGAACAUAGCAUUUGCGAUGUCUGUAUUCUUAUCCUGGAUGUUUUUUUGACUUGGAAGCAGAUAUGAAACACUAAAGGUACUGAGUA